AUGGCGAAGAGCACGAAUCCGGGUACGCUACCCUUGCCGACCCCGUUACCGCUUUUCCCACCCAACAGGAGAAAGAAGUGGCUGGAAUUCAGAGAGGACUUUUACGAUUACGCGCUCUCGAACGGCAUCUUCGGACAGACUCCUGAGGUGCAGAUAUCACACUUCAGAACAGCUCUAGGACCCCAGUGCAAGAGUAAAUUGCGAGCGCUUAAAGUCACGGUAGCGAACAACUCGGUCGACGUCAUCAAAUUGGCGGCGGAGUCAAAUAUCCCCAGUCCUCUUCUGGAAUCGACUGUCAAGGCAUGGGAGAAGGAAUACUGUGGCAAACAGAACGUUUUGGUCGUACGCGAAAAAUUCUACGCGUGCAAUCAAGGAAGUAUUGACUUCGAACGUUUCCUCGAGAAGGUGUGCGAACUGGCGGAAGAUUGUGAAUUCCCAACGGAGGUCAAAGAUGAGAUGAUUCGCGAUCGAUUGGUGCUCGGAUUGGAUAGUGAUCGCUUGAAGGAUCGAGUGAUUCAGAAUGAUAAGAAUGACCUUCGGUCGGUCAUCGAGGUCUUAAGGAGAUCCUCGCGAUCGUUGCCAAUGAUUUCGACUACGGCGGAGAUCAGUGGCGCGGUGAAAGAGGAGGCAGUGCACAAAUAUCUGCGCAUGCCGCAAGGCCUGAACAUUUCGCCGGAAAUCUACCAGGCGAAGCAGAUGCAGGCCCUCGAGAAUCUCAGAGGCAUCGAGAUUAUCGCAGAUGAUAUUCUCAUCCAUGGAGAGACGUUCGAGGAUCACCUGAUGAAUCUCAGGGGAUUUUUCCAGCGAUGUCGAGAAAGAAAUCUACGAUUGAACAGAAGCAAACUUCGACUAUGUGUACCACAGGCGAAAUACAUGGGACAUAUACUAUCGCGGAAUGGAGUACAACCCGAUCCGGAGAAGAUCAAGGUGAUCCAGGAAUCGAAGGCUCCGACGGACAAAAAAGGGUUGCUGAGGCUGUUGGGAGCAACGAACUAUCUGAGUAGAUUCAUUCCGAAAUACUCGGAACUCACAACACCACUCAGGUCGUUGCUGAAGGACAGUGCGGAAUUCGCAUGGCAGAAGGAUCAGGACAAAGCGUUUGCCGAUCUCAAAUACGCACUAACCCAUGCGCCGGGUGGAAAGCCGGUGGAGCUGUGUAGUUCGGCGCUCAGACCGGCUGAGGUCAAUUAUGCGGUUAUAGAGAAGGAGUUAUUAGCCAUUGUGGUUGCAUGCAAAAAGUUUGACCACUUCAUCUUCGGACAUUCACAAGUUGUCGUCGAGACAGAUCACCAACCGCUCAUCGGAUGUUUCAAUCGACCACUUCAUAGCAACCCGAAGAGAUUGCAACGCAUGCUCUUGGCGAUACAGAAGUACAGCUUGGAGGUCAGACAUGUGAAGGGCAAGGCGAACUGCUUAGCAGAUUGGCUAAGCAGGGACACUCUGAGAGGACAUCACACAGUGGUUCACGAGGACAAUUUGAUAUAUAGAAUCGAGUUGGAGGAACUGAACACAACCGCUCUGUCCGCGCCACGCCAACCCAAAGAGAAACUAUCACUCACUCCGGAUGCAACGUAUCCGUUCCAAAUAAUCUAUCAAGAUCUCUUCACGCACAGUGGUAAACAGUACUUGGUGACAGUUGACGUAUAUUCGGAUUACUUCGAAAUUGACGACCUCGGCGCCGAUACUACGGCAGAGAGGCUCGUGAGAGCGACUCAGAAGCAUUUUUCGAGAUACGGGGCUCCCAUGGAACUGCAUAGUGAUAAUGGUCCGCAGUUCACGUCGGCAACGUUUCAAGAUUUUCUCGCUUCAUGGGGAACCGUUCACGUCACUAGUUCACCAUACUUCCCACAAAGCAAUGGGAAGGCAGAGGCGGCCGUAAAAGUUGCCAAAGGUCUGCUAAAGAAGUGCAAAAUCAACGGAGAAGAAUACGAAUACGCACUUUUAGAAUUGAGAAACACGAUUCAAUCGGACGGACUCAGCAGGGCUCAGAAAUUUUUCUCGAGACCUCUUCGCAGCAAGUUACCUUCGCGAAUGGACAGCAACUUCAUCUUCGACGAAAAUCUAGUGAAAAACAACGAGUCGAAGAGGAAGAAAGUAAAAUAG